GGUACAGUUUUUUUGGUUCGCCAGUCUGUACAGUCCCUUCUCCCGCUUCAGUAUUACCAUAGUCUGUAAUAACAUAAACAUACUGGAAUCUGAAAUGUGAAAUCACCCUCGGCAAUGAAUCUUUUCCCAAAUCAAUGAACACUUGAUUGCCAUCAUUGAACACAAUAUAAAGCAUAAUGGUGUGUAACUACCUUGAACUUGUCUUUAAUUAAUAGAUGAUUAUGGUGAAAAAAGGGGAAGGAAACUGACUUCCACAUAACUCUCACCGUUUCUUAAUCCCCUUGCAACAAUGGUGGGGACUCGUUGCAACCUCCACCGAUUGUUUGCAGCGUUGCUCCUGAUCUCGUCGAUGUCCUUGGUAUUCCUGGUCAACAACUUCCACGACCUCGUCCUCGAGGUGAGACAAGGCCCGAACCUCCAACGCAGCAACACGGGAGGUCAAGAUCACAGCGAGAACGAGGCUGCGAAGGAAUCCCUUUCUGACGCGGAGGAGGCCCUCAUGGGGGCGUAUAGUGAAAAGGACCAGAAGAAGCUUGGACAAACCCACGGGCAGGGGGAGGUAAAAAUACAGGUCCUGCAGCCUCCGAAACCACAGGCGAAAGUCCUAGAACCACCUGCAAAAGCCUUAGAACGACCGACGAAAGUCCUAGAACCACUGCAGUCACAAGCACAACUUCUCGCGCCUCCAGAACCUCCUCUUCCGAUGCCAAAGAACGCUCAAGAGCCUCCAGAAGGCAAACCAGAAUCUCCUAAGACGUCAGAGAAAACCCUCAAGCCACCGGGACCGCCAAAGCAAAGUUCCGAAAAGCCAUCGAACUCCAGAGUACUCGGACCCCGGCAGACGAGCGCCCCCAAGCCAGCCACGCCGAAGCUAAAAGCCGAAGCGGAGUGGGUUAAUAAGUCCGCCAACUGUCUUCCUCUGCCAAGGAAAGUCCACAUUGCCCCGAUCCCUCAGGAAGACUGCAGUGAACCCCACGUGGUCAUGCACGCGGGAGGCCAACUGGGCAACAAGAUGUGUCAGUAUAUAAGUCUGUAUCUCCUUCGACAUGUCUUCGGCGUAAGAGUAUCCAUCACGCCCCGCAUGAAGGAAGUCCUGUCCUGGUACUUCGUCAACGUGACUCUGCCGAUCCAGGACCCCGAGUGCUUCACCAAGGACACCCUCAGGAUCACCUUCAACGACUUGUACCUCCUGCUGCAGGCCAGGGCGUCGGCGAGGUCGUCAGGUAGCGGCGGGGUCGUCCAAACGCGCCUCAUGGACAGGUCGUACUACAUCUACCACCACCCUUGCCCCCGGGACGUCAUCAUGGCCCACAGGAACCUCGUCAGGAGCGUCCUGGCGUUUAAGGAGGAGGUCCUGACGCAGACGAGGACCAACCUGCAGGAGGCCCUCGGCAGGAUCCGGUGGCCCUUCCCCCGAGGCAACACCACCGUUGUCACCGUCCACGUGAGGCGGCGAGACUACACGGCCUACAUCCUCAAGCACUACAACCUGACGCAGCUCGACGAGGCCUACUUCAGGAGGGCGUUUCAGCACUUCCGCGACAGAGUGGUGAAUCCUGUGUUCGUGGUUGUGAGUGACGACCAUUCGUGGUGUCAGAAAGUGCUGGAAAGUGCUGAUGUUGUGGUUGCUGGAAGUCAGAAGAACCCUGUGAACGACAUCGCCCUCCUGUCCCUGGGCGACCACACCAUCAUCAGCUACGGCACCUUCAGUUUCAUGGGGGCGAUUCUGGCCCGAGGACACAUCGCCCACCCUGUUAAUAACAACGACAAGUAUUCUCAUUACGACUGCGUGGACGACCCGGCCAUUCUGCCGAUCGACAGGGAUGCGGACGAUUCCCCUGGUCCUGUGAGGAGCGAAUAGAAGGCAUAGGAUAGGUGGCUGUAAGGGUCGGAAUUGUGUGUGUUGUAUGGAGGUGAUGUGUUUCAAACUUCUGUUGGCGACUUGAUGAGUUAUUUAAUGUUUUUGAUAUCUCUGUUUUCUUUGUAGUAGGAAAUAAAAGCAGCCGCUUGUAUGUGUAUACCGAUGGUGUUGAUGUUAAUGUAAGUUCGCUUUGUAUAUCAUGUCC